UUGUAUUAGCAGGUUAAAGAACGCGAUAAUAAGAAAUAUGACUCUUUCCCAAAACUCCGCUGAGUCUAACCUAAGUUUGGAUCAUGCAAUCAAUUGUGCAGAGAAACCAGAUAGAUUGGCCAUGGGUCAUCGCAUUGAUUGUCAAGAGAACUGUUGCAGAGAUAAAACAAGAAUCGAUCGUUGGGAGACCGUAUUAAAAUCCUAUGAAGAUCUGACCAAGCCCAGCUCUAUGGCCAAACCAAAAGUCAUGGCAGACGAUCCAUUAAUAGUUCGCGCUUUCGAGUUGACUCGCGAAAUCAAUACGCUGAAGAAGAGGAAUAUAGAAGUGAAGAGUGAAUUGAAAGCUUUUUCUAGAAAGUCAAAAAAGUUUACAGUCGACUUAUUAGAUGCGUGCGAGAAUAGCAAAGAAGUUGACGUUAUUUUAAAUUCUGGUCAGGACGAUGAGAAGGAGAAGAUUAAAAUACUGAGAAAAGCUGUAGCUGCUAAGCAUAAAGAGGUAUACAGACCAGAAAUGUUAUUGUAAUGCAUUGGUAUUGUCCAGACAUCACAUGUCACGGUGUGAUAUUAGACA